CGCUUGGUUGGUCCUCCGUUCGAUCCAGCCCAUCAGACGGUCUUCCCGUGCGUUUUCUACUGUUAUUCACCCUGCAUUUCUAACCGUUUUCAGCUCCAGCGUCGGAAUUCUCAAUCUCCGUUCGCCGUCGUCUUCGUCCAUCCAUGGUAAUGGCCGCCACCGCUCGGACCGUAGAGGAGAUCUUCAAAGAUUACACUGCCCGAAGAGCCGGCCUUGUUCGUGCCUUAACUGACGAUUCGGACGAAUUCUACGCACAGUGCGAUCCAGAAAAGGAGAACCUGUGUCUGUAUGGACAUCCAAACGAGAGGUGGGAGGUAACUCUGCCGGCGGAUGAAGUGCCACCAGAGCUACCUGAACCUGUUCUUGGUAUCAAUUUUGCUAGAGAUGGCAUGAAUCGCAACGACUGGCUUUCCCUCAUUGCUGUUCACGGUGAUUCUUGGCUGCUCUCAGUGGCUUUCUACCUCGGAGCUCGUCUUAAUAGGAACGAUAGGAAACGACUUUUCAGCAUGAUCAAUGAUCACCCUACUGUCUUUGAAGUUGUAACAGACAGGAAGCCCAGAGAAAAGCCCAGUAUCGAUAGUGGAAGCAAAUCUCGAGGGAGCACUAAGAGAUCAAGCGAUGGGCAAGUGAGAAGUAAUCCCAAACAAGAAAAUUACCAUGCUGCUGAAGAUGAACACACAGAUACACUUUGCGGAAGCUGUGGUGGAAACUAUAACGCUGAUGAAUUCUGGAUCGGAUGUGACAUCUGCGAGAGAUGGUUUCAUGGCAAGUGUGUGAAAAUAACCCCUGCCAAAGCUGAGACCAUUAAGCAGUACAAGUGCCCAUCAUGCUGCAUCAAGAGGAACAGGCCUUAACCCACUUUGCUAUCGUGCCUCUUACCUGCACAACAGACUGUAGUCAAUUUAGUCUUAUUAGUAUCAUUUACACUUCCUGUAAUGCAUUCUUACAAAAAUGCCUUUUGUUUAUUUUUUAUCUGUAAUCCUCAUGUUCUCUAAUGUCAGCUAUUUGUAAUCUAAUCUCCUGAUGUAUGAAAAGUGCUUCAAUGACUUUGGU